AUGAGACGACCUAGUAGUGUCCAUAGCGGAUCAGGUUACAUCCCAACGUCACCCGUCGGCAGUGUCGCACCAGCUGCUUUGGGUCAGCACGAUGACCAACUAUUCUCCAACAAUCCCGAGGACUAUGACAUUCGACUCCCCAUUGGAUAUGGUUCUUCUGCGGUCGUAUAUAAUGCAUACUACAAACCAUUGAACAAACGAGUCGCCAUCAAGGUCAUUGACCUCGACAUGUUUGAACGGAAUCAGAUUGAUGAACUUCGGAGGGAAACCCAGGUCAUGUCACUUUGCAAACAUCCCAAUGUAUUGCGUGUCAAUGGAGCCUUUGUCGCGGACAGCAAGUUGUACAUUGUAACACCAUACCUAUCAGCUGGAUCAUGUCUCGAUAUCAUGAAAACUGCUUAUCCAGAUGGUUUUGACGAGGUCUCAAUUGCCACUAUUCUAAAACAAGCAUUACAGGGAUUGGACUAUCUUCAUAAAAAUGGGCAUAUUCACAGGCAAGUGCGAGCUGGAAAUCUAUUGAUGGAUGACGAUGGAUCGGUACUCUUGGCGGACUUUGGAGUUUCAUCGUCAUUGAUGGAGAAUGGAGACAGGCGUGGUAUGAGGAAGACCUUCGUUGGUACUCCCUGCUGGAUGGCACCUGAAGUCAUGGAGCAGGCUGGUUAUGAUUACAAGGCUGAUAUCUGGAGUUUCGGUAUCACCGCCAUUGAGUUGGCUACUGGUCACGCCCCUUUCGCCAAAUAUCCUCCCAUCAAGGUUCUUAUGUUGACACUCUCCAAUGAUCCUCCCACUUUGGACCGUGAUUCAACGAAGCAUCGCUAUUCCAGAUUGCUAAAAGAGAUGAUUGACAGCUGUCUGCAGAAGGAUCCCGCUAGAAGACCAUCGGCUGAGAAACUGCUCAAUCAUUCAUUCUUUAAACAAGCAAAAAAGAAAUCUUAUCUCGUUACCGCUUUGCUUCAAAACCUGCCACCGCUGGAGCAACGCCCUCCCAAAAGUAUGAAAGAGAAGACAACGUUUAUUCCGAAACCAAAACUAUAA